CGGCGCAGGGGGCAUCAACACCACCCGCGGAUGAGAGGCGACCGCCUUCCCGCCCCCGGGCCAACCGUAAACAAAACUCCGUCCAAAGAAGUGACCUUAGAAACAGACGAUGUUGUGUCUUGUGUCAAUAGUGUUAGUGAAUCUCAAGAAAUGACAAGGACGAGUAGUGACGAUGCACUUUCAAAUCGAAAUAUAGGCGACGACUCGAAUAUCGAUGAUGACUUUACCUUUGACACAAAUAUUCCGGAGUCAGAAACAAUUGAACUCUCCGACGAUGAUUUCUCUUUUAAAGAAGAAAGGUCAUCGGGUGAUGGCGCGGAGAUGGUGCCUCCAGUCUCCGAUAUCAUAUCGGAUGAUGACCCUGAGACAGCAGAACUUGCUAAACUUAGAUGCCCUAGUGAAUGUACUGAAGUGUUGGCAGCUAGAGAAAAUCGUAGAAAUAGAAGAUGCGCAGAUUAUCCCGGUCUCGCAUUUGGUAGUUCUAUUUUCUCAUCUGACACAAUAAUGAAAUUUUCCAUUAUCAAGAAUGAGUUGCAGAAUAUAAAGAAUACGGCAUUAAAAAGGGCCGAAUCCGAAGUGGCUGCACUCAACCGUCGUAUCCAAUUGUUGGAGGAAGACCUUGAGAGGUCUGAGGAGAGGCUCGCAACAGCCACAGCUAAGCUCGCUGAGGCCAGCCAAGCCGCCGAUGAGUCUGAACGAAUACGCAAGGCGUUGGAGAACCGAACGAACAUGGAGGAUGACCGCGUCGCCAUCUUAGAAGCACAGCUUUCCCAGGCGAAACUCAUAGCGGAAGAGUCCGACAAGAAAUACGAAGAGGUGGCGCGCAAGCUCGUCCUCAUGGAGCAGGAUCUAGAGAGGGCCGAAGAGCGAUCCGAACAGAGUGAAUGCAAAAUCGUCGAGCUUGAGGAGGAACUUCGCGUUGUCGGUAACAACCUGAAGUCCCUUGAGGUCUCUGAGGAGAAGGCAAACCAACGUGAAGAGGAGUACAAAAACCAAAUCAAAACCCUCACCACCCGCCUAAAGGAGGCUGAAGCUCGCGCUGAAUUUGCUGAGCGCUCUGUCCAAAAACUACAGAAGGAGGUCGACAGGCUCGAAGACGAUCUGGUGUCCGAGCGCGAAAAGAGCAAACUCCUGCAGGAGGAAAUGGAAGCCACGCUCCACGAUAUCCAGAACAUGUGAACACCUCGCCUUACCCGCCCGGCUCACUAUCGAUAUCCAUAAAUAGCUUUCGUUUCACUAACCUCUACGUCAUUUGUCAAGUUGAGGUUGUCAAAAAUUUUAGUUUCUUGGGCGGGAAAUCUUGUAAAUUAAUUUUCUUAUUUAUUGCCUUUGCUUAAGGUUUUUGUUCUAUUUUGAGAUACAUUGAGCGAGACGGGCGGGUGACUAGCUGUUAAUAGAAGUAGAUUAAUUGCCAGCCGCUUUUACUUUUUUAUGAUCGAGUGUUCGCUACGACACCACUGCCAUGUGCAAUUUACGUACACUAUAAUUAAUGUAGAUGCGUCCUCGCUUCUUAGUCGUUCAUAUAAAUCUAAAAGGAUAUGUUAGGUGUUGUACGCGACGAGACAGCUUUUGUAUUUUUAAGUUAAACGACAUUCCAUUUCGUGGACCAAUUCGUCUAAUACGUCUAAAUGUUGAGCACAAUGAACUUUUGCACGCGAUUUUUGUAUUAACAUUCCCUUUAAAAUAUAACAUCGAGGUUGGCUCAGAGCACAUUACGAUAAUUACUUUACUUAAAUAGCAGAUAUUAGAUGUUUUUUUAUUUAAUGAGUGAUGGAAACAAGUAUUUGAACUGCUUGAUGAUGAAUAGUUUCAAGAGAUUUUCUUGUGUCAUAUUUCAUUCGUUCUUAUUUAUUGCUUGACUGAUAAAUGAGAGCCAUUCUUUCUUAAGAUUAGUUUCGAGCUGGCAAUCCGUAAGCGAGUGUACGUCACUAGCGCACCGGGCGUUAAAACUAUGAAUUUUUGAUAUAAAACAAAUUAACAUUUAACGAUCAAGUGACGGUUUUACGUCUUCAAUUUUUUACAAUUUAUGAAUUCAUAGAUAUUAAGUACCUAUGUGAGAAGUAAAUGAGUUUAUGAGUAUUCUAACACAAGUGUUUAUAAAUAUAUUAUAUUAUUAUUUUUA